AUGGGCGCAUCGGGUCUGAAGCUCAACUUUCUCGUUGCCGGCAUUGCGACAUGUGCGUUUUGGCUUUUCGGCUACGAUAUGAGCAUCAUGGGCGGUCUCAUUACCGAGGAAUCCUUCACGACUGUCUUUACUGAAAUGAAUGAUGCCAAUAUCCAGGGAAUCGUGAUCGCCUCUUUUGAACUUGGUGCUCUUGUCGGUGCCCUCGCCUGCUUGGACCUCGGCGACCGACUCGGUCGUCGGCUGACCGUUUGGUUCGGUAUGCUAUUCAUGCUGGUGGGCGGCACUUUACAGACCAGUGCCUGGGCGAUAACUCAAUUGGUUCUCGGUCGAGUCAUCAGCGGCAUCGGUCUCGGCUUACAGGUUGCCACGGUGCCGUCAUGGCAGUCGGAGUGUGCGAAAGCGCAUAGUCGCGGACGCUGGGUCAUGAUCGAGGGUGGCUUACAGACAUUUGGUGUGGCUUGUGGCCAGCUUGUUGGUUAUGGCUUCUUCUUUGUGAAGGGUCAAGCGCAAUGGCGUACACCCGUGGGCAUUCAGCUCGUUCCAGCCUUGAUAGUCUUCGUUUUUAUCAAUUUUCUUCCUGAGUCGCCCCGUUGGCUGAUCAAACACGGCCUGAUUGAAGAGGGCACAUACAACCUGUCAAAGCUUCGGGCCCUGCCUAUCGACCACCCCGAAUUGGUCUAUGAACGUGAUGCAAUCAUCGCCUCGUUCGAAGCGCAGAUUGAACUUGCUCCAUUCUCCUACAGAGAAAUGCUGGAUAUGGGAAAGACCAAGACGUUCCAUCGUGUGGCUAUUGGAGUCUUCAUGCAAUCAGCGCAGCAAAUAUCUGGAGUCAAUUUGGUCUCGACAUACGCCAACAAGAUACUCCAGGAGUCGUUCGGCCUCGCAGCCAGCACAUCGCACCUCAUCGCUGCUAUGGGAGGUUUGGAGUAUGCUCUAUGCUCGCUUCUUUCUGUGUUGCUCAUAGAAGGCCUCGGGCGUCGUCGAGCCUUCUUGUGGACUACUAUCGGCAUGUCUAGCUGCUUUUCCAUCAUCGCUGGGCUUCAAAGCACGGAUUCGCGCACCUGCCAAUUGACCGCUGUUGGAUUCCUGUUUCUUUUCAAUUCCUUCUUUGGUCUAGCCUGGGUUGGAGGACCGUUUUUAUACAGCGCCGAAAUUGCACCUCUGCGAUGCCGCGCCCAGGCUAAUGCCUUGGCCAGCGCUGGCAACUGGUUGUUCUGCUUUGUGGUGGUCAUGAUUAUCCCACCCGCUUUCCAAAAUAUCGGAUGGAAGACUUACAUUAUCUUUGCUGUCCUGAAUGCCUGCUUCGUACCUAUCAUCUACUUUUUCCUUGUGGAAACCAGAAAGAGAAGCCUCGAAGAAAUUGAUGUUAUCUUCGCUGCGGGUGGUGACCCGGUCAAGAAAGAAAAGACAAUGCCGUAUAAUAUACCUAUUGAGGAGGCCCGUAGGAUCCUUGGGCUUUCUGAGAGUACCAUUAUUGCUGAAGUACUAGAACACAACGUGAAGACAUCAGAUUGA